AUGGUUGACACAAGACGUACGAAGAGUAACGCCACCACGACGGGCCCAUCUCAUGGUUUUGUGGUGGAAACCUCAAUGCAACAGCACGGAAUCAUGCCUGCCAACGCCCUGCAGCCGUCUUCUAGUGCUUUGCAGCCGCCUUCAGCUGCUGGAAUUGCAGAACAGCCGCCAUAUGACCCUGGGACCUCCAUAGCCUUGCAGUCGCCAGCGCCGAUUACCGGAGCUGCUCUGCCUCACUGUCCUGCCGUCGGAGCACAGCAACAGCCACACCACUUAACUAAUGGACUUGCUGCACAGCCCCAUGGCUACUCUGACAUCGUCCCAGUCUUGGAGCAGAUCCAUUCUCUCCCUCCUCUGCGAUCACACUUGACAUAUGCACCUGUGUACGCGUCUAAUGGAGCCCUAGCCCAUAUGCCGUUGGGCCCAAUGCACACCACUCUACUUGACCCGGGCAGUCAGGUGGACCUUAACUCGCGGGUUGAUCAACUCACACAGAAGGUCGAUGAUCAAAACAACCUGAUUGGCCAGCUACUCAGGCAGAUCAACUUAAAUCAAGGCCCCAACCUUGGACCCCGUGACGAGGAGAGGAGGGCACACGAGCAUGCUGGCGAGCAGUUCGAGAGGUCCCAGGCUAGUCAGACAAGGGCAAACCGGCAGGGAAGAGAGCGAGAUCGUGCAGACGAGACACAGACAGCUGCGAGCCGUACUCUGAGCCGUUCGAGGCUAGGACCCAGGACCAAUGUGCUCGAGAGGCUAGGCCCACAAUCCAAUGUUCGUGCUCGCUUAGGUCCACAAGGAGCUCGAGUUCGUGAGUGGUCGCGGCGACAAGCUGUGGAGGGAUCCUCCCAAACUCAACCUUCUCUCCUGCCCCAUCGGCAGGGCAACCAAGGGGAUCGACCCUUGGGAGCAGGAGAAGAAGUUAGCCAAUCACGUUCGAGGCACCGAAGACAUCGACCUGAACGACCUUCCUUGCAAGUAGAGGAUGACGAUCAACGCUCACCAGCCCGCUCGAGGUCCGACAUGCGGCGACAAGCUGUGGAGGGAUCCUCCCAAACUCAACCUUCUCUCCUGCCCCACCGACAGGGCAACCAAGGGGAUCGACCCUUGGGAGUUGGAGAAGAAGUUAGCCAGUCACGCUCGAGACGCCGAAGACGCGACCUGAACGACCUUCCUUGCGAGCAGAGGGUGACGAUCGACGCCCACCAGCCCGCUCGAGGACCAACACGCGGCGACAAGCUGCAGAGGAAUCCUCACAAACUCAAUCUCCUAAUCUGCCUCACGGGCAGAGCACCCAAGGGGAUCGACCCUUGGGAACCGAGGAAGAAGUUAGCCAGUCGCGCUCGAGGCACCGAAGACGUCGGCCCGAGACUCCAACCCUGCGAGCAGAGGAUGUCGCAAAGCUAG